GCUGAUGGAUCAGUAGAGGUCGAGUGAUCGGCUCGAGCGCAUUCCUUUUACGAUUUUUAACAACAAUAUGCGUCUUUGGGAAGCGAUUUUUUUGCAAAUGUUGAAGACCGUGAAUUUGUUCGAGACGAACUCGCAGUGGGCGGUGAUAAGCACUUUCUUUCUGCACAGUAUGGGGAUGAAGUUAACUCGGGAGACGUUGGAGCAUCCGAACACCAAGAAGCUUCUUUCUUCCGGGGAGGAAUUUGAUCUGGUGGUCAUCGAGCAGUUCGUGAACGAUGCCCACAAGGGUUUCUGUCAUCAUUACAAGGCGCCGUGCGUGAUUUUCUCGGCCGUGGGCAGCAAUUACUGGACCGACGACCUUGUGGGAAAUCCUAGUAACCCAAGUUAUAUGCCGGAGAUGAGCAUUGCUCAUGCUGGUCCCAUGGACUUUUGGCAACGUGCGAAGAAUACCGCUAUAGCCGCAUACACGCAACUAUUCACUCACCUCAAGGCCAUUCCCGAUCACGACCGAUUGAUGCACGAGACAUUCCCCGACGCUCCGCCUCUGAAAGAGUUGAUGCGUGACACCGCCCUUGUCCUGCUCAAUUCGCAUCCUAGCAUUGCCGCUCCCAAACCGCACGUCCCGAAUAUGAUCGAAGUCGGCGGUUUCCAUGUUGAGCCGCCGAAGAGCCUUCCCGAGGACAUCAAAGCUUAUCUGGAUGGAGCAGGCAAGGAGGGCGUGAUCUACUUCAGCAUGGGCUCCAAUCUGAACAGCAAGAAUUUCCCGUUAGAAAAGCGAGAAGGUAUUAUGAAGGCUCUCUCAAAAUUGAAGAUGAAAGUUCUGUGGAAGUUCGAGGACGAUAAUCUUCCGGGGAAACCACCGAACGUUAUGAUCAAGAAGUGGUUACCGCAGCAGGAUGUGCUGGCGCAUCCAAAUGUUAAACUUUUCAUCAGCCACGGCGGUAUGCUGAGCACCAUCGAGGCCAUCUACCAUGGAGUUCCGGUGCUGGGAAUUCCGGUUUUCGGGGAUCAAACUAUGAACAUGAAGCUUGCCGUGCAAAACGGAUUUGCUGUAAUGACAAGCUAUUCAAGUCUCAGCGAGGAAACACUUGGAGCGGCUCUAAAUCAAGUUUUAUCCAAUCCAAAGUACGCGGAGAACGCGAAAACGCGCUCGAGGAUCAUGCACGAUAGACCAAUCAAACCCAAAGACUCGGCGAUGUUCUGGAUCGAGUACAUCGGUAGGCACGGAUCGGCCGACCAUCUAAAAUCCCCUGCCAUCCACCUGCAACUCCAUCAAGUUCUUUUGCUCGACGUCAUCGCCUUUUACGUCUUCGUCUUCAUCAUCUCUCCGCUUUCAAUUUAUUACGCCUUAAAGAGAAUCUGCAGGUACAAAAAAGCCGGUAAAAUAAACAAAAAGAAAAACAAAUGAUUGAAUUAAAUGAAACAUUUUACAUAA